UCCUUCUCUUUUCCAGGCUCGGAGGCGUCUUCCAGCAGCCAGGACCAGACUUCUGCCGGGGAAUCUGUGACAGAGGCGGAGCUGAAGCGCCUGCCCGAGUUCAACCCCCCCUCCUUCAUGCCUUUUGGGAACGUGGGCACCCCCCUGAGCGUGUUCCUGGAGCUGAUCCGGGCCUGCCGGCUGCCUCCCUGGAUCAUCAAGAAGCUGCAGCUGGAUUUCCCAAAGACUGGCUCAUCCCGGAGGUAUGGGAAUGUGCCCUUUGAAUACCAGGACACUGAGACGGUGGUGGAGGAAGGAGGAGUUUACACGGCUGCAGGGGAUGAGAUCACCGAGGGAGAGGGGCCCGAGCCAAGCCCGGGGGUGACUCACCCGGCCCAGCCCCAGGAACAGGAGGAGGAGAGGCAGCAGGAGGAAGAGGAGUCUCACUCAGAUGAUGACAAUGACACCUGUGAGGAGUGGGAGCGGCACGAGGCCCUGCACGAGGACGUGACCAAGCAGGGCCGGGUGGAGGAGCGGCUCUUCGAGGAGGAGAUCGAGCUCAAGUGGGAGAAGGGAGGCUCUGGCCUCGUGUUCUACACAGAUGCCCAGUUCUGGCAGGAGGAGAAUGGAGACUUUGACGAGCAGACAGCGGACGACUGGGACGUGGACAUGAGCAUCUACUAUGACAAAGAUGGAGGUGAUAAGGACGCUCGGGACUCGGUGCGGAUGUGGCUGGAGCAGCAGCUGCGGGAUGGGUUGGAGGAGGGGUCUGUGUCAGGGCAGCAGAUUGGAACCUUCGAGAGAUACACCAAGGGCUUUGGCAGGAAGGUGCUGGAGCAGCAGGGCUGGACGGAGGGGCUGGGCCUGGGGAGCAACAACUCUGGGAUGGCUGAAGCUCUGGAUAACGAGGGUCAGAACCCCAGAUGCAAGAGGGGGCUGGGGUACCACGGGGAGAAGCUGCCAACCUUCCUCAAGGGGAAGAAGCCCCGGAGGGACAAUCCCGUCGUCAUCUCCACCAUCUACGACGACCCCGAGCCCCAGGACAUGGGGGACCAGCUGCUCCGGCGCCAGCCCCCCACUGCCAUGAAGUACAGGCAGGACAUGGCCUUUGUCAGGGCGUCCCACCCUGCCCUGGGCAGCCUCAGGUCCCAGUCCCACUGAGCAGGGACUGCCACAGCCCUGGGAUCUGCUCCCCAGUCCAGGCUGGCUCCUGGUCUCAGGGGUGGAGCAGGGUGUUUAUAUUUUUUUAACUUAUUUUUAGAAAAAUUUUUUUGUUUUAUGUUAGAUUUUGUAAU